CUCACUCUCUCCAACACUCCUGCUGCUGCUGCCUAUCUUACAAUUGCCUUCUACCCUGUUUUGCCUAGCUACGCUGGAGAUAAUUGGUAUGUCGAUCUACCUGGAGCUCUUACAUCUUAUCUGGCUUAGUCUACUCUUUGAUUUUUUUUCUGAAACUUCUCAACACAUCAAAUCACUUAAUUUCCUCAUGCAUGGUAACGAUAACUAG